AUGACAGCGACGACGAUGCAGCACAUGAUGCAGUUCGGAGAGCAGGUUCUCAAAGACCCCUCCUAUCUCCUCCGCCAGGCCAGGUUUGUGCACCGCGAGCUGCCCAUCCGGCUGGCCAAGCGCCUCAUGGAUCUUCAAUUCCUGCCUUACAUCGUCGUCACCAACCCACACAUCAAGCAGGUCUAUGACUCUUACUUCAGGGCGCUAGACCUGCUGGUUGCAUUCCCUGGGGUCUAUGACUCGUACCGCAGGGCGCUGGACCUGCUGGUUGUAUUCCCUGGGGUCUAUGACUCGUACCGCAGAGCGCUGGACCUGCUGGUUGCGUUUCCUGAGGUGCGGACGCAUGAGGACAAUGAGAAGUUCACGGAGCUGCUGGCACUGCUGGUGGAAGAGCACACACCCCUUAUAGGCGUGCUGGCACGUGGUGUGAGGGAGUGCUCCAUCCGGCCACUGGUGGGGCGAGAACUCAAUCUCGACAGCUUCCUUGAUAACAUGUUGCGGUCUCGUAUCAGCAGAAGGGUGGUGGCAGAGCAGCAUAUUGCACUGCAGCAGAAGAGACCAGGGUACAUCGGUAACGCACUCCGAGGGAGGGUGGUGGCAGAGCAGCACAUCGCCCUGCAGCAGAAGAAACCAGGGUAUAUCGGUGUCAUCUGCACUAACGUGACGCGGGAGGUGGUGGACGAUGCAGUGGAGGAGGCGGCGACAGACGUGCACAAGGACAUGUCAGCGCGGGAGGUGGUGGACGAUGCAGUGGAGGAGGCCACUGACAUGUGCACGAGGACGUUCGGCUGCUGCCCUUUCCUUGAGUCUUUACCUUUCCCCUCCCACUGCAAUCUCUCCUCGUCACCUCAUCAUCCUCAGAUGUCAGCACGGGAGGUCGUUGAAGACGCAGUGGAGGAGGCGACAGACAUGUGCACGAGGACGUUCGGCUGCUGCCCUGAGUUCGUGCUCACAGGGGAUCUCAACACCUCAUUUGCCUACAUCCCUUCACACCUGCAUUACAUGCUGUUUGAGAUUCUCAAGGGUCCUCAAUACCUCGGUCGUCUACACCCCCUCGCAUCUGCACUGCAAGCUCUUGGGAAUUCUCAAGAGAGGGCUGGUUGUAAUCCCUAUGAAGUGUGUCUUGCCUCCUUCGCAUAUACCCCCUCGCAUCCCCACUACAAGCUCUUUGAGAUCCUCAGAGUUGCACCCGUUCUUUCCCCCUCCUCCAUUGCCCAUCCCAUCACCCAUCCCAUCAUCCAUCCCAUCACCCAUCCCAUCAACCAUCCCUUCACCCAUCCCUUCACCCAUCCCAUCACCCAUCCCUUCACCCAUCUCAUCACCCAUCCCAUCACCCAUCCCAUCACCCAUCCCUUCACCCAUCCCUUCGCCCAUCCCUUCACCCAUCCCAUCACCCAUCCCUUCACCCAUCCCUUCGCCCAUCCCUUCACCCAUCCCAUCACCCAUCCCUUCACCCAUCCCUUCACCCAUCCCUUCGCCCAUCCCUUCACCCAUCCCAUCACCCAUCCCUUCGCCCAUCCCUUCACCCAUCCCUUCACCCAUCCCUUCACCCAUCCCUUCACCCAUCCCUUCACCCAUCCCUUCACCCAUCCCUUCACCCAUUCCUUCACCCAUCCCUUCACCCAUCCCUUCACCAGGUGUCUGAUUUGGGAGGCGGCAUUCCAGAGAAGCUUCAAGCCAAGCCUCCCACCUGCCCAUCUCUACUCCUCAGUGCAGGGGUGGGGGCGUCAGUGGCGCCCAUCCCACUCUCAUCGAUGCCAGCUGUCAUGUGCUGCUGCUGUUUUUUUGGGGCGCCUCGAGAUUGCAUGUUGGCUGUGCGCUGCUGCACGCACACCACGCCAGCCGUAUAACCCCUCUCCACCCACCCUUCAACCUGUCUCCCUCCCACCUGCCGCCCGCCCAUCCAUUGCCAGGUGUGGCGCUAUGGGUGACCUCCUCAACCCGCCAACCAACCCCCUUGCUCCUAAACAGCCGGUGGCCCUGUGGACUCCCAAGGGACGCCCAUGGCGGGUGGGGUUCGAGCUGCCUUGUCGAUGCCCCUCAACCCACCAUCAACUCCCCUGGCCCCGGAUCAACAAAUCAACUAAGCCCUCUUCUCCCCCCUCUCACCCCACCACCACCAACCAACUACCCACCCCUUCACCAGCUGGUGGUCCUGUGGACUCCCAAGGGACGCCCAUGGCGGGCCUGGGGUUCGGGCUGCCUUACUCGCGGUUGCUUGCGCAAUAUCUUGGUGGCAAUAUCGAGAUGGUUAGCAUUCCAGGCUACGGCACAGAUGUGUAUGUGAGGGUGCGGCGGGUCGUUGACCAGACAGAAGCCGUGGAGAUCUGA